GAGUUCUCGCCUCAUUAAAGAAAAAAUAAAAAAUAAAAAAAUAACGUUGAAUGAUUGCUAUAAAGGGAAAGGUCCAAAACUAAAAUUAAACCCAUCAUGAUACUUGAGGAAAUGAAAAUUUUGCAUUCGCCGCUCGCCAAACCCCGCGAAAAUCAGAACAAUCGAUAAAUCUAUCAAGAACAUUUGAGAAGCAGAGCUCCAAUGGCUCUUCACCCCCUGCUCCUAUGGCUUCUCCUCCUCCUUCCACCCCUCCUCCUCUUGCUCAACAAGAUCAACUCCCUACACAAGCGCCACAAAAAUCUACCCCCCGGCCCUCCCAAGCUCCCCAUUAUCGGCAACCUCCACCAGCUCGGCGCCCUCCCCCACCACUCCCUCCGCCGCCUCUCUGCCCGUUACGGCCCCGUCAUGCUCAUCCACCUCUGCCGCACCCCCACCCUCAUCAUCUCCUCCGUCGAAGCCGCCAAAGAAGUCCUAAAGCACCACGACCUCGAGUGCUGCAGCCGACCCCUCCUCACCGGCCCCGGCCGCCUCUCCUACAACUACCUCGACAUCGCCUUCGUCCCCUUCGGCGAUUACUGGCGCGAGGUCCGGAAACUCUGCGUCCUCGAGCUCUUCAGCAACAAAAGGGUCCAAUCGUUUCGGCCGGUCAGGGAGGAGGAAGUGGCUCUGUUGGUGGAUUCGAUUUCGGAAUCCGCCGCCGCGGGGAGCGCGGUGGAUUUGGGGGAAAAAUCGCUGACUCUGCUGGCGAACAUAACGUGCAGGGUUGCGUUCGGGAAGAGCUUCACGGGGAGCGGAAUCGAUAACGGGAGGUUUGAGGAGGUGAUUCACGAGGCGUUGGCGAUGCUGGGGUCGUUCUCGGCUAGUGAUUUUUUCCCGACGGUGGGGUGGGUGGUGGACCGGAUCACGGGGCUCCAUCGGAGGAUGGAGAGGAGUUUUAAGGAUUUGGAUGGGUUUUACGAGCAGGUGAUUGAGGAGCACCUUGACCGCGGGAGGAUAGAGCAAGAUCAGGAAGACAUUAUUGAUGUGCUGCUACGAAUAGAAAGGGAUCAGGCUGUGUCUGGUGCCCUUCGGAUCACCAAAGAUCAUAUCAAGGCAAUCCUCAUGAACAUAUUUUUGGCUGGAGUUGACACAGGUGCGCUUACCAUAGUCUGGGCAAUGGCAGAGCUUGCAAGGGAUCCAAGAGCAAUGAAGAAAGCACAAGCCGAGGUUAGAAGCUACUUUGCAAACAAAGGAAGAGUCGCAGAGAGCGAGCUCGAUCAGCUCCCGUUCCUAAAGAUGGUGGUGAAAGAAACCCUGCGACUGCAUCCGGCAAACCCAAUUCUGAUUCCAAGAGAAACAAUGUCGCAGUUCAAGCUCAAUGGCUACAAUGUGUACCCAAAGACCCGAGUCCAUGUUAAUGUUUGGGCAAUUGGGAGAGACCCCUCCUUGUGGGAGAACCCAGAGGAGUUCUUCCCAGAGAGAUUUGCCAAUAGCUCUAUUGAUUUUAAAGGCCAGCAUUAUGAGCUACUGCCGUUCGGAGCUGGUCGCCGAGGUUGCCCCGGGAUAUACAUGGGAGCAACAAUGGUGGAGCUUGCACUUGCAAAUCUCUUGUACCAUUUUGACUGGAAGUUGCCCAGUGGGAUGAAGGAGGAAGACCUAAACAUGGAUGAGAAGGCUGGCCUCACAGUGUAUAAGAGAUCACCUCUUCUUCUUGUGCCGGUCAAGCAUGUCAUAAGCUGAGGGGCUUUGCUGAUUGAUUGUGUACUGGGUUCUGUGGUAACCAAAAAACAAAAUGCUGUUUGAAUAUUUUUAGUGCAGGUAUGAUGUUGACCUUUUUGUUUCCACUUACGUCUCUGUAUCAUGUCUAGAUUUUAGGUUUGUAUCGCACAAAAUAUCUGUGAUUUAAUUUCGAAUAAAGCGAAUUCGUAGCAAA